CAUCAACAGAGCAUCUAUUGCAGCGCGAACUAAGCAGCAUCCACAACGACCUGACUCGGAAUAUUGAAAGAAUAUUACUAGAAAUAAAUUGACUGCUCCAUCCUCUGUAGGCGAUCAGCCUGCGCCAUUCUCACACAUCAUGCCCGGCGCCGUCGAAUCUCCUGCCUCCGCCAUCCUCAACCACUCUGCCACGCCCUACAACUUCCGAUUCUCGCCAUUCCUUCGACAAACGUACCAGGUCGGCCUGUCUCCCGACCGGCCAAUAUGCAAAGCCUUCCAGUCGGGCCACUGUCCAAACGGCACACGAUGUCCUGAACGUCACGUCUCUGAUUCCAAGACGUCGCAGCCGAGCGGUGGUCUUAACUCGCUCGUGUGUAAACAUUGGCUGCGCGGCCUGUGCAAGAAGGGCGAGCAUUGCGAGUUCCUUCACGAGUACAACCUUAGAAAGAUGCCCGAGUGUAAUUUCUUCAUGCGAAACGGGUAUUGCUCGAAUGGAGAUGAAUGCCUAUACCUUCACAUCGACCCCCAAAGUCGGCUGCCACCCUGCCCUCACUACGAUAUGGGGUUCUGUCCCCUCGGGCCCAACUGUUCAAAGAAGCACGUGCGUAGGAAGCUCUGUGUGUUUUACCUGGCAGGUUUCUGCCCCGAUGGACCUGAAUGCAAAGAAGGCGCCCACCCCAAGUGGUCAAAGGAUCUGGAGAAGCCAACCCUCAAAUCAGAGGAGAAGAAAGAUGAAGACAUUCGAAUAGAUUCUGCGCAGGAUGAUGUGGACAGGUCACGCGAUCAACAGAGAGAUAGGGAUCGGGAUGAUGGGGGCAGACAUAGAGGAGGCCAUGGCGGUCAUGGUGGUCGAGGAAAAUGGCGAGGAAGAGGCCGUUACCGCGGGAGAGGUCACUAAGCCACAUAUUUACUUGUUGUACUUUUACUCAGUUGAUGAUACCCACAUGAUUCCCAU